AUUAAUGUUUAUGCCUCUUUAGUUUUUACUAAACGGAAAUGAGAAAGUGAAAAAUGAUUUGUGUUAUUAUUGAUUUAGCAAGACACUAUGAACCCAGCACAAUAUUUAUAGAUCAAAUGGAUUUAAUUAUGGGUUAAAGUGGAUUUACUUGUAUACAAACAGAAUGGAAAAGAAUGAAUACUUAAUUAUUGCUAUGUUAAGGCAUUAGAAAAAGAAUAUAACUUAUUAUAAUUAGUUAGAUAUAUAUACCAUAAACUGUAGAACAGUGAAAUAGAAAAAAUAAUAGAAUUAGAUAUUUUAUGAUGAUGUAAGACCAGGGCCAGUUACUUAAAUAGAUCUUGAAAAGGCAGACAAUGAACUAGGUAAAACCUUCACCAUAGAGAAUAGAUAUUUAAAAUGGGAAAAAGAGAGUGGAUCGUGUUGA